GCUUCGUGCAGCCUCGGUGCCACGUGCGAGGCGGAGGCGGCGGCAGGAAAAGGAGCAGGUGACAACGGCUCCUUUGGAGGGUGCCAAGUUUCAGACUUGUUGCAUUUAGAAUUGAAAUUGUCAAUUUUUACUUAAAAAAAUAAAACUCUCAGUGUUCGAAGUGACGAAGGCUGCCACGUCCUACAGGCGGAGGAGAGGAAAAAACAAAACUAAGGACACAAAGAGCCGGCGAACGUCCACAAGCCUCUCCUCGGCUCGGGAGAGCCAAUUCCUAACCCCGCCCCCACCUCGCGGGCCCGGCAGGUGGGGACGCACGCGGCGUGCUGACGUCCGGCCAUUUCCUUAGUCCCGCCUCCUCGCCCCUGCAAACGCCGUUCUGCGCGCCUGCCGCGGGCCGACCUCCGCCUUCCGGCCGCGAAGUGCGCAAGCGCGCGAGCGCGCGGCUCCGCUCGCUCUAUGGCGGCCGCCCGUGCGGGGCCGGCUGAGCUGGGCUUCGUGGAGGCGGCGCCGGCGUGGCGGCUGCGCCGCGAGCAGUUCCCCAGCAAGGUGGGCGGGCGGCCGGCGUGGCUGGGCGCGGCCGGGCUGCCGCGGCCCGAGGAGCUGGCCUGCGCGCUGUGCGGCCGCCCGCUGGCCUUCCUGCUGCAGCUGUACGCGCCGCUGCCCGACCGCGCCGACGCCUUCCACCGCGGCCUGUUCGUCUUCUGCUGCCGGGCGCCGCCGUGCUGUGCGGGCCUGCGCGUGUUUAGAAAUCAGCUACCCAGGAAAAAUGACUUUUACUCAUAUGAGCCACCUUCUGAGGAUCCUCCUCCAGAGACGGGAGAGUCUGUGUGCCUCCAGCUCAAGUCUGGUGCUCAUCUCUGCAGGGUUUGUGGCUGUUUAGGCCCCAAAACAUGCUCCAGAUGUCACAAGGCGCAUUACUGCAGCAAGGAGCAUCAGACUCUAGACUGGAGAUUUGGGCAUAAGCAGGCUUGUACACAAUCAGAUUAUUUGGACAGAACAAUUCCAGACCACGGCUUCCUUUUUCCAGAAUUUGAAAUUGUAAUAGAAACAGAAGAUGAGAUUACACCUGAAGUCGUUGAAAAAGAAAAUGAUUCGGAAAUUAUAGGGAGCAUGGGUGAAGCACCUGAGGAAGAAUUGGAUUCCAUGGCAAAACAUGAAUCCAAGGAAGAUAAAAUUUUCCAGAAGUUUAAAACUAAAAUAGCCCUUGAGCCAAAACAGGUUCUCAGAUACGGCAGAGGGAUUGCUCCCAUCUGGAUCUCUGGUGAAAAUAUCCCUCAAGAAAAGGAUAUUCCAUAUUGCCCCUGUGGUGCCAAGAGAACAUUUGAAUUCCAGGUCAUGCCUCAGCUGCUCAACCACCUAAAGGCCGACAGACUGGGCAGGAGUGUCGACUGGGGUGUCCUGGCUGUCUUCACCUGUGCUGAAAGCUGUAGACUGGGGAUUGGCUACACAGAGGAAUUUGUUUGGAAGCAAGAUAUAACAAAUACACCCUAAAGACAAUGUCGUAAAGCCUUAAAAAUGCUCAUAAUCUCUUAGACCUUGCAAGUCCAUUUCUAGGACUUUAUCCUAAGGAAAUAAUUAUAGCAGAGACAAAGGUACAAAGAUGUUUUAGGUGAGUUUACAGUGUGUAAAUAUUAGUGCAACAAAAAUGUCUGGUGACAGGUAUUUAAAGAAAUUUUGGUGAAUCCCUACA